AUGCGUAGUCUUCACCAAGCAGAAAAUGCAUUACUACAAGGGUGUGCUUGGAAUAUUGGAAAUGGAAGCAACGUCAUAGCUGGAAGGUAUAAUUGGGUUCACGGUAAGAUACCUGUUUUUGCUUCCCAUAUUCGUUUAGCAGAUGCACAGUUGUGGGGGGUUAAUCAUUUUAUUCAGGAUUUUGAAAACCGUUGGAAUGCUUCACAAAUUAGAAAUUCCUUUGUCAAUGUGGAUGCAAAUGCUAUCUUGACUAUUGAGCUUCCAUCAGGGUCAGUUCCAGACCAGUUAUAUUGGACAAAAAAUGUAAACGGAAAUUUCACAGUUAAAACGGGUUACGCCUUCUUACAAGACCGUCUCAAAUACCAGGAUUCUAAUUUUGGAAUAAGGCAGAAUAGGUUUCUACCUUUUUUUAAGGUGUUAUGGGCUCUUAAAAUUCUUCCAAAGUGGAAGAUUUUUAUUUGGAAGGUAAUGGUUAACGGGAUUCCAGUAAAAGCUAAUUUGGAGCGUAGAGGGAUUAGUUUAGAUGUAACCUGUGACUUAUGUAGUGACUUUUGCGAAGACGCACAACACCUGUUUCGCCUUUGUAAAUUGGCUCAAGAUGUAUGGAGGAGUUGGAUCUUGUGGGCAUUAUGGGUAACACGAAAUUCAAGAGUUUUCAGUUCGGAUACUGGAGACAUUCAAAUGGUUCAGACCCAUUUCAAGUUAGCUUUGGAGCAGAACAAAAUCUACAGGCAGAAAGACAGUGAACAAUUGAGAAUUUUACAUCCUCCAGAGGACACACCAACCUACCCACCAGGGUUUUAG